GGAGCUUUUCAUAUUGGGGGGGGGGGGGGAGAACAACCCAAUUUUGCCUUCGGAAAGAACAGCAAAACAAUAACAAAAAGCGGAUUUAUGUAAAGUCAGGAAGAUGUCUAGACCCUUCACUUGGAGCAGCUGUUUAAAGAUUGUUGGAUAUUUCUGACUGGGAAUUUGCUGCAAGGUCAGGUUUGAGCUCAUUGAGAGAGAGAGAGAGAGAGAGAGACAGCGGGAAGGAGAGCUGGAGAACUAGUGCCAGAGGAGGCUGGAUCUCACUCACUCGCGGUUGGGAGCUCUCCAACAGUCUGGGGGUUUCAGCUGAAAAUACCAGGUUCAGAAAUAGCUUGAUGCUGUGCCAGGGAAUAUAGAAAUGAAACCCCUCUGUGCUUCUCAUUAACCGGGAAGCUCCCGUCUCCCAAGGUAAUUCACAUGAGAAAAAAAAGUAAUAGACAAACACUGCAGUUUGCGGAUUUUCACCCUGAGUGAGAAGAGCGGCUGUGAAGAUUGCAGGGCCAGAUGGGGACCAUACCCAAUGCCCAGGACUCUCAGGCUGUGCAGAGGUCCACAGCUACAGUGGGUAGUGAUGACCUUGCAGGAGGCUUUCUUCACAACAGCCAACAGAAACCAACCUCACCAGUCCAACAGGAGGCACCGAGCUCCUUGCCCAGGCUAAAGGAGAACGUCAUCAGCUUGGCCCCAUCAACAUUUGAACCCAGCCAAACUGAAGGCAAUACAUCCAGCAAAUCCUCCAAUGGAGAUCAGGACACGUGCGAUGGAGAUGGAGAACUGGGAGAGUGGAGGAAGCCAGGUGCAAAGAACAGCAGCCAGGAAGGUGCAGAGAAAGAUGGUGUGGGUCCAAACGCAUCAGAAGUCACCGUGGGCAAGCAGACAACAUGUGCGCUUAAAGCGCAGCCAACCAAAUGUGCUGUCUCUGGACACCCUGGGACUGACCAUCAGCAAAGCAAGCAUACUGACCCUGGACACCCUGGGACUGACCAUCAGCAAAGCAAGCAUACUGAUCCUGGACAUCCUGGGACUGACCAUCAGCAAAGCAAGCAUACUGACCCUGGACAUCCUGGGACUGACCAUCAGCAAAGCAAGCAUACUGACCCUGGACAUCCUGGGACUGACCAUCAGCAGAUCAAUCAUACUGACCCUGGACAUCCUGGGUCUGACUGUCAGCAGGCUAAUCAUACUAACCCUGGACAUCCUGGGACUGACCAUCAGCAGACCAAUCAUACUGAACAUGGACAUCCUGGGACUGACCAUCAAGAGACCAAUCAUACUGACCCUGGACAUCCUGGGACUGACCAUCAGCAGGGCAAGAAUACUGACCCGGGACAUCCUGGCACCAGUUGCCAACAGACCAACAGUGAGGACCAAAUAAGAAAUGAAAAGGGUGCAGAUGCAGGUCUAGAAAUGGGAUGGAGAACUACGCCAUCAUUAGUGGACACACCCAUCCUGAAGACUCCCCAGAACCAGCAAACUGAAAGAGAUUGUGUUGAAAGAAGAGAGGUAGAGAGGGUUGAGACUAAGAAUGAGCUGGAACAGCCCAACCCCACAAUAAAGGAUGGAGUUCAGCCAGCAACUAUCAAAAGAGAUGCUGCCUUUAAUUUGAAAAUUGAAAACCGUGAGCAGCAGUUGGGAUUUACAAAGGACAGCGAAGCUGCACCAAAAACUGACCCUGCUUUAUCUUUAGAAACUCAUGUGCAAAAGAUCACACCAAAAGGAACUCAGGUGUCUGCCUGUGACAGUUCCAAUGAGCACCUACAAAGAAUGCAACUAUUAGAUACAGGGCCAAAUCCAAGGGGGAUGGAUCAACAAUCACAACAACAGCAACAAGAGUCCAAGUUUAGAGAUGCGGAGACAAUGACAUGCCAGUCUCCAGGCAGCUACUUCCCUUCCAAUUGGAGUAAGUCUUGUCGGGAUGUUGAAGUCCAGGCUGUUCUGCAAAGCUUUCAGUGCAAAUCCACCGCGACCAGUCCCAAGAGCCCAGCGCCUGGCUCGGCAGGGUCCUUACUGAGUGACUGUCAGGCUGUCCAACAUGUCCAUUCAGAAAACAGUAACUCUAAACUCAUUCUGGUCAAUGGUCAGUCAGUGUGUGUUAGUGAUCUCUAUCAGGGGUCAGAGCAACUGAAGGUAACGUGUACUUUUACAGAAGGAUCUGAAAAAUCAAAGGUUGCCUUUGAACUCGGUAAGGUGUUAACAGAGGGAGUCAACGUAGAAUCUGUUUUAUCAGAGGUUACUUGUAGAGAGAAAAAUGAAAAGGAGCAGGAAUCCCCUAAAGAGUCUGACUAUCAUCCCAAAGCUACCUGCGUCAAUAUGAGUGAGCUACCAAAUGCUAGAGGACAUCCAGCAUGUGAACAGGUACCAUCUGUCCCUGUUACUAAUGAAUCAGAACUUGGUACACAUGACCACCUAAAGCUCAAAACAGAAUCGGAACGCUUGAAGGAUACUUCAAAGUUACACGAGAGAUCCAAACAGCCAAGCACCUCUUGUGAUAACAGUGAGAACUCAGAUCAGCCAAGCAUCAAUCAAGAGCCUGCCCAUUCCACCCUUUCACGUUCUGUUAUUAAGGAAUCUGGCCAGUGUGUUUAUGACAUAGAUAGGAAACCAGGCGCUGCUGCUAGCUUCGAUAGCAAAUCUGACCUGUCAGAAGCCAUCACUGAUAAAUCUGGCCAGUCAAACGGUGCUGCUGACUGCAAUAAAAAAGAUGACCAACUACAGGGCAGUACUAACAAAUCUGACCAAUCAAGAGUGGGACCUGAAAUCAGUAAGCAAUCCGGCCAACUGCAGAAAUUUGACCAAUCGAAAAUAGAUCCUGACUUUAGUAAGCUAUCCCUGUGCUCAAAAACUGCUGUAGACAUCCACCAGAUAGCUGAUCGGUCAAUAGUUAUAGAUAAUGGCCAUAAGGGAUCUGGCCAAUCUCAAACUACUUGUAGCUUGAUUAAAAAGCCUGGACAACCACAAGGUGCUUACAGUAAGAAAAAGGACCCUGUGCAGUCAAAGCAUGACUCCAAAAAAAAGCGAGCUAACCAGUCCAAAGAUGUGCAUGACACCAGUGAGGUGUCUGAACAACCACAAGCUGUUUGUGACAUCAGUAAAGGUUCUGGCCAACUGGUGGGUUCUUAUAGUGUCACUAAGGAAUCUGUUGAAACCGACCAAGCCACCAGUGUAGUAUCUAGCCAAUCAAAAGGUAUACAUGACACCAGUAACAGACUGGCCCAAUCACAAGCCUUUUGUGGCAUCAGUGAAGAACCUGGCCAAUCGAAACCUGACUCUGAAAUCAGUAAAAAACCUGGUCGAUUAAUAACUUUGUAUGAUAAUGGUAAGGAACUUGCUCAAUUAGAAGCUGGCUGUGCCACCAAUAAGGAAAUUGGCCAGUCAAAAGCUCCUCACCAAAUCGGUAAGGAACCUCAUGGUUUUGAGACUGAAAAGCCGAAACCAAUCAUUGAUGUGAAAAUUGAACAAAAGCAAUUGGCCAGUGACUCAAAUAAAGAAACAGUGCAGUCAAAGAAUGUCCGUGAUGUGGUCUGGGAUGAGCAGGGCAUGACCUGGGAAGUUUAUGGUGCCUCCCUUGACCCGGAAUCACUGGGAUUUGCCAUUCAGUGUCACUUACAGAGACAGAUCGUAGAAUAUGAGAAGCAAAUCAAAGUAAAUAAUCAGAGCAAAAGAUCAGUGUCUAUAGAUGCAACACCUGGGAGUAAUAAAGCCAACAAAAGGAGGCAGCAAAAUAUAUUCAGGACAGUUCUACAGAAUAUAAGGUCCCCACAGUGUUGUCUUCGUCCACAGCCUUCCUCUGUGAUUGACUGAUGGGAAUUGUAGUAGUAUUUAAAUAAACCCUCCAAAUUGUUUUUCACGGACUACUUCAUGAGACUAUUUUCUGCACUCGUUGUUUAUGGGUAGAUGGAACCUAUAUUACAGUUUUUCCCCUAAAAGACAUAGUGGGUAUAGUUAUUCUACAUGGUCUUUCUAUGGUGUAUCUGUCCACUAGAUACAAAUAAGUGCCAUGUAGGUCAUCUGUUAGACAAUAAUGACCACCAUUUGUAGACAAAAUUACCCAAUUAGAUUUUAUUUCAUAAUGACUGAAUCAAAACUAUAGAGAUGACUGUUCUGUGAAGAUUUUAUUCCGAACUUUAUUCUUGGGCUUAAGAAUGUGUAUCCAUCAUCUUGAAGUUGAUGGCUGUCACAGUGUGGUCUAAAAUGCAUGAAAACAAUCAAUAUAUUUUAAUGUUAAUGCUUUGAGUGAAGAAGGUUACACAUGUAGCCCAUGCCAUUUACAGUUUUGUGUUUCUUGUAGAAUGUUCUCUGAAAAUCAACUAAUUGUUGCAACAUUUUAAUGUCGAGCCAACAUUGCAGUCGUCUAGCGCAUAGUCAUACCAGUACAUGGUAGUAAGUGGCUUUCUGAAUUCAUUAAGGAAAGGAUCGCAACACUUGUCACAGAUGCUUAACUUUUGUGUAAAAUGAAAUAUGUGGAUUAAUAUACUGUAUUUAGUAAACCAGACACUUUAUAUUGUAUAAAUAUGAUGACAAAUAUCACUAUUAUACAUUUUAGCUUCUCAUCCUAGGUGAAAUACAUAACUACUUAUUCUACUUGUAUUUUGGAUGACAGUCUCCACAGCUUCAAGUUUUUUGCCAUCUUUUUAUAUUGUGUUACAGAAGUUAACUGUUUAAUGUUUGCCUUUUACUAAAGCAGCACAGUGUUUCCAAUUGAAAUCCAUUCUAUAUCCAUUCCUCUCAACAUAGUGUGUACUGAGUCCCCAGUAGCUCCCUCUUACAAAUGUAAAUGAGGAGGCCUGAUUAAGGUUUCCCUGUCAAAAUCGGAUAGAAAUGUACAGAGCAGAUGCCGCUAAGUUUUUUUUUUUGCUGCUAUUCUGCCAGGGCAAGCAAAAAUGCUUCCUGAUUUCACAGUAUCCCAAUCAACUCUAUCCACCUCCCCUCCAUGCUCCCACCCUGCUACAUUACAGCUUCACCUCUUUCAGACUUAACAAGCGGUCUGAUGUUCAUCAGCUGCUCACCCAAGCAAUAUUAAUCAGGCCUAAGGCCGACUUUCUGAAAUGAUAAUUAUUAUGCAUUGUAUUUUUACAUUUCAAUCUUUUUUCUGUUAAAACGAUGUAAUAAACACGAACGAUUAUACGGGAA